CAAAAACAAUUAAAAAAUAAAAAAAUCGACAUAUUAUUUUCAAGUUAUAAUUCGAGUUAAGUUUUGCGGUCCUUAUCUAUUUAGACAAUUUGUUUUCCGUUAAUAAAUUUUAUAAAUUUAAAGAAGAAAAAAUCACUCCUAAGACGACGACGACGACGACGACGAAAAGAUGUAUAAUCUGAAUACUCAUGACCUGUACGGCCAGUCUAAUGAAUAUUGUCGUCGUUCUGGUAAUUUUGAGUUUCAGUUCUCUGGCCCCGAGUCCAUACCAAAUGCCGUGAAGCGUUAUAACAAACAGCGAGCCGCCGAGUUGGCUCAAUUGCGUAAGGAUCGAGAGCCGUCCAGGCCGACAAUGCCGCGAUUUUGUAAGGUGCGACGUUCAGGCAAUGAUGUCCUUAGCAUGGUAACCUCCCGAGACUUGGAUGUGGAGACACAGCUUUCGUUGGAGCCAUCGGCAUUACAGGAUGAUGACGACGACGACGACGACGAUGAGGACUACAAUGACUAUGACGUCUACGGCGAGCACGACAAUGUGGCGUUUGUACCACGGGUUGAGCAACACGUUGGUCGUCUUUGUGGUGGGGCCGAAGGUGGCACACGUCAGACCAAAUCGAAGAAGUCCAAAAGCAAGUCAAAGUCAAAGUCGAAAAAGUCAAUGAUCAUUGACAAGGCCGACGAUGCCUGCCAGCAAAUAGAGGCACUUCAUCGGGAGGUAUGUGCCGAACUUGAAUUCAUGGAGGAGAUCAAUCCAAUAAAGCCCAAAUCACAACGGGCGGCCGGAACAUCCAAAGUGAAGCAGUCAUCUACAACGACUUCCAGGCGCCGGCCCAAAAAGGAGGUGGAAGUCAGUUUCAAGCCUCUGCCCAAGGCCGAAGAUGUGUUGGAACGUUUAAAGAUGGUCCUUGGGGCUCAACGUGAACGCCAUGAAGAAGUUAUCUGUGCUCCAGACAUUUCGUGUGCUCCAUGUGAUACGUGUACUCCUUGUGUGGGCGGCGGCGGUGAUAGGGUUUAUCCUCAAUUGAAUUCCAUAACGUUUGAAGAUUAUCCGCAACAACAGCCCAAGUGGGUGGAUAUAAUGCCAUCGCCCAUGGUAUGGACGGCCAUUCAGGUGAAUGUGUGUGAUGUAGAGAAUGCCUCUCCCAUGUUAGCGGAUCAGUUUAUGGAUCAGCAUGGCAGUGCCGAACCGGAGCCGAUGACACCCUUCUUUCUCGAAGAUGGAGAUCUCGAGCAUGAGUAUGCCAAUCGACCGGGUUACAUGCGUUAUUUGGAACCACGUCCCACUUGUACGAGCAGUGAACAAGAUCCGGUCCAAAGUCAAUUAGGCCAACUCACAGAUCCCACUACUGCUUUAGCAUCACCAACAACAACAACAACGACAACCACUACCACAGCAUCAGCAUCUGGCGACCAAACAGAAAGUGGAUUGCUAGCAGUUGUUAAAAAACCUUGUUUCAUUGAGCUAGAACAGCGGCCCCAUCGGAUCAGUCUGUUGCGUAGUCUACAGCCCAUGCGAUACACUUCCCAGCGAUCGGAGGAGACACACGUGCCCACCGAAGAGGACGGAGAGUCCGAGCUGAUCGACAAUGAAAAUGUAAUCAAGAAGCAACAACCAAAAGCCAAGAUGAUGGAGCAGGCCAAGAAGGACAAGUCGAUGGAAAGUACGCAGACAAGAGCACAGCAGAAGAGAUUGGUUGGCCUACCGCCAUCAACGCUCUCAACAUCAUUACCAGCAAAGCCACAAAAGUCGAACAGACUGAGGACAGAAAGACUCAAGACUGGAGCUUCUUCUCCUAGUCCAUCGCCACCCAAAUUCACCUCACAGAGGCAGCAGCAAAGUCGUCGGCAAUUGAAGAGCAAAGCGAAAGCAACGAAAACGGAAGAACAUGCUGCUGAAUUGAAAGCACGUCAUCUGGGAGGUCGUGAUGCUGUUACGGCUUCUCCCUCCAUACCAGCGCCACCGUCCCCAACACGAAUGUCCGUGUCACCCACUGCCGAGAAGACAUCACCGCGCCGGCGUAGGCAACAGCAGCGCUCUCCAGUGGUGUGCACCAGAUCCCUGGAGAAUCUGAAAUUCGAGAAACUUACGAUCUACAACAAGAUCUCAAUGACACAGGAGAAGAUUAUCAGUUCGUUGGAUCAACUGCAGAAUAGUUUGCUGCAAUUGCAUGUGCCGCCCUGCAGUGCCUUGGAGCGCCAGCGAAGGGAACGCAAUGCCUUCGAGUUCUGUGUGCGAUUUGCUAGGAACUUUCUCUAUCCCCUCAAGGGGAUGAUCGACGAUGUGAGAUGCACACCGGUCGCCUGUUUCAAUAGCGCCAAGUCGAACGAGGCCUGUCAGCGUGUGGUCUGUGUCUAUGGCCUGGUACAGCAAUCGAUCCAAACAUUUCAGCGGCAAUUGCGCUAUUUUCUGCUCGACAAGGUGCCCCAGAAGUUGAGUGCCCUCAUUGAGAUGAUCUACACCAUGACCAAUGUGUGCCUGGAUAAGAGUAUCAUGGAUCGUCAGGAUCCUGUUGUCGAAUGCCUGCAGCAGCGAUGCACCAAAUUUCUGACAUUCAUCGAGGACAUGCAGGAGGAGCGCUUCCAAUUGGCCCGCGAGACCUAUCGACGUCUGAGGAAGCGUGGUCACAAAAUGAAUCGCCCUCGCUAUCAUCACUAUCAUCGCACACAGUCCGAGGUACGCAGCCAGCGUUACGAUCUCAAGAUGUGUCUGAACGAUCUGAAGUUCUAUGAGCCGCGUCUAGUGCCCCGCAAAGACACACGUCCCAAGCCCCUUUUGCGUGUACGCAAAAUGAAGGGUCACAGCACUGCAGGUCCAUUGGCUGCCAAUGCUGCCACUAAAGUCCAGUCCGAUACCGAAAUACCGCCGGCCAUUGAUCAACUGGUGAAGACCCAAAUCGAGAAUAUACACUGCCGCGGCGAUGCCAGUAGCACCAUGAGCUUCGAUCGCCCAUCGGCCAGCUGUAGUCGCAAAUGCCGCGAGAAGACCGAAAGUCAGAAGCAUAAAAUGGAAAACAAAUUGCAUGAGGCUCUAUUCGAGGCACUACAACAUGUUUCCAAGAACCAAGUGCAGCAAGUUCUCGAUCCUCUAAUGCGUUCCCUGGGAGCCAUGCUACAAAAACAACAGGCACAACCAGGCAAGGACUAAAACUAAGAA